GGCAGCGCUUCGCCAUCAUGGAGGAGAAAUGCAUUCUGGCAAUGAUCAUGCGUAAUCUGAGAGUACGUUCCCUGCUUCGGACUGAUCAAAUGCGUGUGGCAGCCGAACUCAUCAUCAGACCUCUUUAUGGCAAUCAAAUAAAUAGCAUAGACUUUAUAUCAUUCUCGUCUAUGAAACAGAGUGAUCUUUUCCAAUUUCUGCAUCAGUUCAAUUGGUUUAUGAGAAAGAAACAUGAUUCGAUAAUCAGUCUUGUGCCAGAUCUCAUUCGAGUUUGAAA